AUGGAAGAUGUCACCAUUGACACUGGAAGGCCUCUGAAUGCUCGCAAUUUGAAGAGCAUGGGGGUGAUUGAGCAAAUUAGGAUGAAACCCUCAUUGGACACCUCCUGGGAAGCACUCAAAGAUCAGAGGAAGAUUCCCAAUGGCCUCUACCUCUUCUCCAAAAUUGAUCCUCCAGAGGUUGUUGCCCACUAUCUGCAGGAUCUAGCUAGUCAAGGAGUGGACAUCUCAGAGUUCUCUGUGGAUUGGCUGCCUGGGCAUCCACCCAACUUCAUUAAGAGGCAACGAGAACACUCUGAGAAGUCAAAGAAGACCAAGAAAGCAAAGCUGGGAGAACCUUUUGUAUCAAGACCUCCGGUACCUCUGAUCAAAUCUCCAUAUAAGUCUCUACCUCCUCCCUCUCGCUCUGUAAAUUUAAAGCAAAUUGCUUCUUCUCUUCCCCAGACCACACCCAUCUACACUUACUAUAAACCCUCUCCCUAUACCACCAAACCAUAUGAUACUCCCACCUCUAAUCCAUCAUCACCUCCCUUUCAAAAAUUUAAUCUCUCCACCACAACCCUACCAAUCUCUGAAGUUGAAAUGCUUAACGAACCUAUCUCACCAAUCUUUUCAACACUAUCUUCUUCACCUUACUACAUCCUCUCAUCGGACUCAGAACCCUCUGACCCCCAAUCCCCCACCUUGGCUAAGCUUCAGGCUCAUGCUCUUGCCUCACAACAACAACCUGAACCAGAAGCCAACACUCCACCACCAUCUGAACAACCCACAACACCACCAUCUGAACAACCACCAACUCCACCACCUGAACAACCACCACCACCACCAUCUGAAAACAUUGUUAUCCCUACCUCUCAACCUCCCACUGACACUACCCAAACACCACAAGAAUCUCCAUCCCCCAACUCUGAACCAAAACCUACCUUCCCCACCCUAGAAGAAGCAAUCUCUUUAUUUGCUGUGUCUUCAUUGUAG